GUACUGUCGUCUUGUCGACUAGCACUAGUCAGUUUUAACGGAGGAGUUGAAACAACAGCACGUUAUUGUGGCCGCUCUGACAACACAAGCGAACGAGCGGACAGAACUCCAGCAGUUAAAGAGAAGCAACGAGAGUGACAGAAGAGGUCGGACUCGUCGUCGUCGCAGUCGAGUGCACUUCUCGUCGUCCCGUGAACGAGGCAGUAGUAGGGCAGCCCAUACUUACCUGGAUAAUCGGCUUGCAAAAACACUCUUACUGUCAAAAUGGCGCUCAAGGCACAAGUCGGUCAAAAGAUCAUGAACGAGGUGAUCAAGCAAAAGAAAAAAGGCCAGGCAGCCGGUGUCGAGUGGCGGAUCCUCGUGGUCGACCAGUUGGCCAUGCGUAUGGUCUCGGCUUGCUGCAAGAUGCACGACAUCAGUGCCCAGGGCAUCACCCUGGUCGAGGACAUUCACAAGAAGCGCGAGCCUCUGCCGACGAUGGAAGCCGUGUACCUGAUAACGCCGAGCAAUUUGUCCGUCACCAAACUCAUCGAUGACUUUAGCAAUCCAACAAGGACCAUGUACAAAGCCGCUCACGUAUAUUUCACCGAAGCUUGUCCCGAAAACUUGUUCACUGACGUAUGUAACGCGGCGGUGGCGAAAUUUAUUAAGACUUUGAAAGAGAUCAACAUCGCAUUUAUUCCUUACGAAGAGCAGGUAUUCUCUUUGGAUUCUCGAGAAACGUUUGCGUGCUUUUAUAAUCCCUCGCUGAUAAAUGUGCGAAACGCCAACAUGGAGCGUAUUGCCGAACAGAUCGCCACUCUGUGCGCCACCUUGGGCGAGUACCCGUCGGUGCGGUAUCGCAGUGAUUUCGAUCGCAACGCUGAAUUAGCCACGAUGGUGCAGCAGAAGCUCGAUGCUUACAAAGCCGACGAGCCGACGAUGGGCGAAGGCCCUGAAAAGGCUCGAAGCCAGCUGUUGAUUCUCGAUCGUGGCUUCGACUGCGUGAGUCCACUUUUGCACGAGCUCACCCUGCAAGCUAUGGCCUACGAUCUCUUGGAGGUUGAAAAUGACGUUUACAGUUACGAGGCGACGCAAGGACAAGAAAAGUCGGUUUUGUUGGACGAGAACGACGAUCUGUGGGUCGAAUUGAGACAUCAGCACAUCGCCGUAGUAUCUCAAAAUGUUACCAAAAACUUGAAAAAGUUCACCGAGUCGAAGCGCAUGCCUCAAAACGACAAGCAAAGCAUGCGAGACUUAUCACAAAUGAUUAAGAAGAUGCCACAAUAUCAGAAAGAACUCAGCAAGUACGCCACUCAUUUGCAUCUUGCCGAAGAUUGCAUGAAACGCUACCAAGGAAACGUCGAUAAGCUCUGCAAAGUCGAACAGGAUUUAGCAAUGGGAACUGAUGCCGAAGGCGAGCGCAUCAAGGAUCACAUGCGUAAUAUAACUCCAGUUCUUCUCGACCAGACCGUCAACAAUAUGGACAAAUUGCGAAUCAUAGCGUUGUACGUACUAAGCAAAAACGGCAUACCCGACGACAAUCUCAAUCGGUUGAUUCAUCACGCCCAAAUGUCGCCGGAGGAUAAGCAAACCAUCGUCAACAUGGCUAAUCUUGGUCUCAACGUCGUCGUUGAAGGCAAUCGUAAAAAAAUCUAUACCGUACCGAGAAAAGAACGAAUUACCGAACAAACAUACCAAAUGAGCCGUUGGACACCGGUUAUAAAAGACAUAAUGGAAGAUUCGAUCGAAGAUAAAUUGGAUCAAAAGCACUUCCCAUUCUUAGGUGGCAGAACUGCUAGUUCUGGAUAUCAUGCACCGACGAGUGCUCGUUAUGGACAUUGGCACAAAGAGAAAGGUCAACAGACGGUCAAGAACGUACCGCGACUGAUUGUAUUCGUGGUUGGCGGUGCGUGCUUUUCUGAAAUUCGCUGCGCUUACGAAGUUACAAAUGCAGUCAAAAAUUGGGAAGUAAUCAUUGGAUCUUCGCACAUUAUAACGCCAAAGUCGUUCCUCGAUGAAAUGUCCAAACUUCACAUAAAUUGUGCUUAAGUUUAUUAUUUUAAAGCAAAAACAGUAAUUGAAGCUGCAUCGACAUGUAAUCAGUACCUCAGGCAUUCCCUUCAUUUACGUGUAUCAUGAACUAACUAAACAAAAAUCACCACUUUCAAGCUCAUCGUCAGUGAAAUUUUCAAUAGUUUUGAUCAACCUGAUAUUUGACAAUUAAAAAACCACAAAUUUAAUAUAAUAAAGACAAAAUCACAUUAGAUUACGCAUACUAGAUUUAUAAAAUGCACUUCAGUCAAUUUAACUCAACAGCAAAUGGUAACGGUUUUGCUAUUAUGAAAAUAAUAAUGAUAAUAAUUACGGUGCACUUUUGAAAUAUCUUAAAAGAGCCCACACUAAUCAAUUUAUCCAAAUAAAAAUAGUAUUAAAAA